CAGGCGCAGUCGCGGCGCGGGAGGGCGGCAGGCGGAGAGGCAGGCUGAGGGGAGGGCAGGGCCCACGGCGUUCGGCUCGCCGCGCUCUCGGCUCCGCGUUCCGUCCGCGGGCCCGUCCCGCAGGCGCCGCCCCUUCCCCCCCGCCCCCUCGCUUCCCCCCCCUUUCUCCCUCCGGCCGACCCCCCCCUUGUCCCCCCCCCGUGCUGUGCCGCGCCGCUCGGCCUCGGCGCCGCCGCCUCACGCGCGCCCUCGCUUCCGCUUCCCCUCCCCCGCCCCGCCGUCGCCAUGGACGUGAAGCGGCUGAAGGUGACCGAGCUGCGGGCCGAGCUGGGCCGCCGCGGCCUGGAUUCGCGCGGCCUCAAGGUGGAGCUGGCGCAGCGGCUCCAGGAGGCCCUGGACGCCGAGAUGCUGGCGGCCGGGCCUGAGGAAGGCGGCGCGGCCGGGCCUGGGGCCUGCGCCGGCGAAGCAGGCCCGGCCGGCGGUCCUGCCGCGCUCCACCACCACCCCGGCGGUGGCGAGGAGGAAGAGGAGGAGGAGGAGGAGGAGGAGGAAGAGGAGGAGGAGGAGGAAGAGGACGAGGAAGCGCUGCUGGCUGACGAGGAGGAGGCAGCCGCGGCGGCGGCAGGAGCGGCGGCGGCGGCCCCCGACGAGGCGGAGGCGGCCCAGUCCGGCCCCCCAGAGGAGGAGGAAGAGGAAGAAGAAGAGGAGGCGGUGGCGGCUGUGGUGGCGGAGCAGCCGCAGCCCCAAGAGCAGCCCGAGGCGGAGCCCGAGCCCGAAGGCCCCGAGGGUAGCGGCGUGAACGGCGCCGAGAGACCGCAGGAGGAAGGGCCCAGCGGCGACGAGGCCGCGGCUGCCGAGGCCAAGGAGGAAGGCACCCCGGCCGUGGAUGAAGAUGACAAGUCAAAACCAGCAGGCUCCGAUGGAGAGCGAAGAGGAGUUAAGAGACAACGCGAUGAAAAAGAUGAGCAUGGGCGUGCUUAUUACGAAUUCCGAGAGGAGGCUUACAACAGUCGGUCCAAGUCUCCCCCACCACCAGAAGAAGAACCUAGAGAAGGAGAAGAUGAUGAAACUGUUGUCAUCCUGGACACAUAUACUUCUGACCUCCACUUUAAAGCCAGCAAAGAUCGCUAUGGGGGACAGCCUCUCUUCUUUGAGAAAUUCCCUUCCCUUUGGUCUGGAGCAAGGAGCACUCAUGGAGUGACCAAGGGGAAAGUCUGCUUCGAGGCAAAGGUGACACAGUAUCUCCCUGUGAAGGAGGGCAGUACAGAGGUCCCCCUCUUUCGUGUUGGAUGGUCUGUGGAUUUCUCUCACUCGCAGCUAGGGGAGGAUGAGUUUUCUUAUGGCUACGAUGGACGAGGGCUGAAGGCCGAAAAUGGGCAAUUUGAGGAGUUUGGCCAACCCUUUGGGGAGAAUGAUGUGAUUGGCUGCUUUGCUAACUUUGAGAACGAAGAGAUGGUGGAGCUGUCCUUCUCCAAGAACGGGGAGGACGUAGGGGUGGCCUUUCAGAUCAGCAAGGAAUCCCUUGCUGACAGAGCCCUCCUGCCCCAUGUGCUGUGCAAAAACUGCGUGGUCGAACUGAACUUCGGUCAGAAGGAAGAGCCCUUCUUCCCCGUUCCGGAGGGUUACAUGUUCAUUCAUGCUGUACCAGUUGAGGACCGAGUGCGCACUCCACUUCCCCCCAAAACCACAGAGGAGUGUGAGGUGCUGCUGAUGGUUGGGCUGCCGGGGUCAGGGAAGACCCAAUGGGCACAAAAACACACUGAGGAGAACCAAGAGAAGCGAUACAACAUCUUGGGAACAGAGACUGUUCUACACCAACUGAGAACAAAAGGCCUGGAGGUUGAAGAGAUGGAUGCCAAGAGCAGAGACCUGUUAAUCCAGCAAGCUGCUCAGUGCCUUAGCAAGCUGGUUCAGAUUGCUCCCAGAGCCAAAAGAAACUUCAUUCUUGACCAGUGUAACGUAUACAAUUCUGGGCAGCGACGGAAGCUGCUUGCCUUCAAGGGUUUCUCCCGCAAGGUGGUUGUCAUUGUUCCCAAUGAAGAAGACUGGAAGAAGAGACUGGAGCUGAGGAAAGAGGCUGAAGGGGAGGAUGUCCCUGAGUCAGUGAUGCUGGAAAUGAAAGCUAACUACUCUCUGCCGGAGAAGAACGACUACUUAGAUGAAGUCAUCUAUGGAGAGCUCACAAAGGAGGAGGCCCAGCCUCUGGUCACCAAAUACAAGGAGGAAGCCAGAAAACUGCUCCCCCCUUCUGAGAAACGGGCAAACCGUCGCAAUAACCGCAACAAGCGUAACCGCCAGAACCGCAACCGUGGCCAGGGUUACGUUGGUGGGCAGCGCCGAGGUUAUGACAAUCGGGUCUAUGGACAGCAGCAGUACUGGGGACAGCCUGGAAACCGAGGAGGUUACCGCAACUUCUAUGACCGAUACAGAGGGGACUACGACAGAUUCUAUGGACGUGACUAUGAGUACAACAGAUACCGAGAUUACUACAGGCAGUACAACCGGGAGUGGCAAAACUACUACCAAGACAGAGACCGAUACUACAGGAACUACUAUGGAUACCAAGGGUACCGGUGAAAUCCUAGCCGUCUGCACCCUUCAGCCAAGCAGCUGAAUCUUGUGGAGGUGUCUGCCACUUCCCAAAACACAACCAAUGGAAACAGGGCUGUUGGGGGGAGAGCAGUGG